CGAGGGCUGAAGGUUCUCGGCGUCCUCCUCGCCCCCUUCCCUCCCCCCCUUCUUGGGGGUGGCGAUGGCGGGGCUCAGCGACGCCGAGAUGGAGGGCUGCCGGCAACUGCUCGGCCUCCUGGAGGACGACGAGAUCACGGCCCUGUGUGACACCGUCACCAACCGCCUGGUGCAGCCCGAGAACCGCCGAGAUGCCACUUACGCAAUAUUAGUGUACAGUCAAAGUGUAGAAGAACUUUUGAAGCGCAAAAAAGUCCACCGAGACAUCAUAUUUAAAUACUUGGCAACACAGGGGGUUAUUAUACCUCCGGCUACUGAAAAACACAAUCUCAUUCAACAUGCGAAGGAUUACUGGAGAAAUCAGGUAUCACUGGAGUUAAAGGAAAGACUGGAGUAUGUUAAGACAGAGGACAUUGCACUGUCUCAACAGGAAAAGAAAGAAGAUACAAAAACAGAAAAAGUUGAUUUUCAUUGUUUGGGAAAAGAAUUCUGUCGCUGGUUCUUUGAACUUCUGAAUUCUCAGAACCCUCUGCUGGGACCACCUCAAGAUGAAUGGGGGCCACAACACUUCUGGCACGAUGUCAAGCUUAGGCUUUUUUAUAAGACAUCUGAACAAAAUGUGCUAGACUACCAAGGAGCAGAACUCGUGAGUCUUCGUUUGCUAUCUCUAGUGAAAGAAGAAUACCUUUUCCUCAGCCCUAACCUAGACGCCCAGGGACUGAAAUGUGCUUCCUCCCCCCACGGUCUAGUUAUGGUCGGAGUUGCUGGGACUGUCCACCGAGGGAACACUUGCUUGGGCAUUUUCGAACAAAUUUUCGGACUCAUCCGUUGUCCUUUUGUGGAGAAUACCUGGAAAAUUAAAUUUAUCAACCUGAGAAUUAUUGGAGAGAAUGCCCUUGCUCCUGAAAUAUUAACAAAACCAGCCAUUAAAUUUGAACCAAGUGAUCUGGAGGCAUUUUAUAAUGUAAUCACUUUAUUAGGCACCAGCGAAGUACAACUGAAUGUAAGGCAGGCAUUGGAUAGUGGAACUGGAGAUCAGGCUUUUGGAAAAGAGGCUUUGGUGAACAAAAGAACUGAAUUUACUUCAUCUUGCAAGCACUUAACAUUGACUAUCAGUCUAAAAUAACCUAGUAUACAGAAAGUUCCAAGCACAGCGUCAGUACGGGAGGGAUUUUUAGUUGCGAUGUCUUUUUUGACUACUAGUAACGUGGGGAUACCUGAUUUGCAGCAAAUGUUCUGAGAUCCUAAUGCAGCUCAUCAAAUAAAUAUCUCUAUAGAUAUUAUAACUAAUGAUGCGCCUAACAAGUCAGGUAAUAUUUUUAUCUUAACUUAGUAUUCUGCUGAUGUCUGUACUUUCCAACUGGGAUAGGGUGAAUAAUAACGAAGGCCUCCCUUUUCUUAGCUUCUAAAUCUGAACAGUUUUAUUACAAAUACAGCUCACUACAGCACUGCUUAAAAAAAUGUGCAUUAUAUAUAUGAUGUUUAAUGUAAACCCAGAGUUGUCAACUUGGAAAACUUAAGUAUACAGAAAGUUCAGUAGUUUAGCAGAUGGAGACUGCUUGGCCUUUUCAAACAUUUCAGAGACUUUUUUUUUCAGAGUUAACUACUAGAAUUCAAGCUAAGUAUAAUUUACAUUUUUUCUGAACUAUAGUCGGGAAUGAUAAGUACUAUAUGUUCUUAUCUAAAACUUUAGCUGACAAGCUAACAGUUUGUUAAGAGCAUUUUUUAAAUUUUUGUAAUAUAUACAGUAUUCUGUUAAGUUUUUUGAAGGUGUGGCCAGUUCCUCAUUCUCUAUGAACUGUUUUUUUUUUUUGCUUGGAAGAAGUGACGCCGAGACCAUCCUGUGCAUCUGAUAGCAUGGACGCGCAUAGAUACAUCCCACAGUAUACGUUAAAAUUUAAGGAUCUUUGUUUUUUGCCUCUGGUUCUUCAUCCCUAAGCAACAUUUGCUAACCCUAGGUUUAGUUUUUUAUAAAAAUAACAUUUUGAGGGAGUCGGGCUGUAGCGCAGCGGGUUAAGUGCAGGUGGCGCAAAGCACAAGGACCGGCAUAAGGAUCCCGGUUCGAACCCCGGCUCCCCACCUGCAGGGGAGUCGCUUCACAGGCGGUGAAGCAGGUCUGCAGGUGUCUGUCUUUCUCUCCUCCUCUCUGUCUUCCCCUCCUCUCUCCAUUUCUCUCUGUCCUAUCCAACAAUGACGACAACAACAAUAAUAACUACAACAAUAAAACAACAAGGGCAACAAAAGGGAAUAAAUAAAUAAAAUAAAAUACUAAAAAAAAAUAACAUUUUGAAAAAAAAUUCAACUGGGAAAUGUAUUUGUACAUGUUAAUUUUUCCACUUUUUUGUUUUUUUUUAUAGACACUUGCAGACCUGCUUCACCUCCUGUGAAGUGACUCCCCUGCAGGUGGGGAGCCGGGGGCUCGAACCAAAAUCCUUAUACCGGUCCUUACGCUUCGUGCCACAUGCGUUUAACUCGCUGUACUACCACCCAACUCCCAUUUUUUUCACCUUUAACUCUGUUUACAAACAUCUAUCUAGAUAUAGAAAGUAGGAGUGAAAAAUUCAUCUUUGUUUUUUUCUGCCAUACCUUUUAUGAGGAGUUCAAACUGAAAUGUCCUAAAAUAACUUAAUAAAGGAGAGAACUCCCCCUGGGCUGCUCUAAGAACAGCAUAUUAUUUCGAUUUAAAACCAAAUUCCGUUUUUCUCCUUUGAGUUUUGAAGGGUUGUAAUAUGUACUUAGUGAAUAUCCUCAGUAGAGAAUAUAACUAAAAACUGUUUCUGUCUGUUUUGCAUAUGCUAUUGAAGGCAAGUACUUCAGUUAGACCAUGAUACUCAAAAGGAACAGAAACUUCCUGUAGCACUUUUCAGUACUGCAUUUUUGAUGUUAUGUAAAAGCUCAAGUAAAGAUGAGAUUUUUAGGACAUGUUCCUUUAAUCACCCCUAAGAGUUUGAAAUCUUCUUGAUAUACAGAAUCUCUUAAGGUUGGGCUUUUUUUUUUUUUUUUCCCAAUUCUCAUAUUGUUGGACACACAUUAGGACCUAAUGCUUAAGUGAAUGGGUUAAUGUGUGAGCGAAAGAUACCUGUGUACUUCUUAUAUGAAAAAGUGUUGUAUACUAAAAAGACUUCUCUGUGUCUGGUAAUUCUUGUCAUCAGUGUUCUGUGAUCAUAUUGUCUGAAUUUAAUAUGUGUAUUCUUGAAAACUUUUGGUCUCCAGGCUAAUGCAGCACUGGGGAAAAUUUUCAUUUGUAUUUGCAACUUAAUUAUAAAAGCCCAGUGUCAGAAUUGUAUAUACUACACCAGAGGGCCCCAAGACUGCCUGUAAACCACUUUAGAGUAAGUAUAUGAAGAAACCAGAAGACCCUAGGAGGAAUAAAGUUGGUUAACAAAGUUUAACUCCUGAUUAGGCCAUUUACAAGGUCCAAAAGAAUAGUACAACUAAACUGUAUUUUUGCUACCACGCUUUACUGUGUUUUAGGGGAUAGUUUUAUGCUUCUUUCAUUUUUUUUUUCAUUUUUUGUUUGUUUUUGACCAGAGCACUGCUCAGCUCUAGCUUAAUGGUGGAUUGAAUUUGGGACUUUGGAGCCUCAGGCAAGAGUCUUUUUACAUAACCAUUAUGCUAUAUUCAGCUGGUAUUGGAAAGCCUGGAGUCAAGUAUUAAAAAAUACUGCAUUUUGCGCAUCAUUUGUAGUAGUUGGAUGGUCAGACUAGGGAUACAUCUGGACUUUGUUCACUACAGAGAGAUUUGCUGUAGGCUAAAACAUAAACACCAGGUUUUCUUUUUUGAUAAAAUCUUAAAGGUUUUCAUUAAAAUUCCAAAAUAAAAAUUUGUAUCAUAUUGAUUACCAAAUAAUAGAAUAAAGCCACCUUAAUUAAAUUUAUUCAUUCAGCUUGGAAGUGGCAAAUCACAUCAGGGGAUUGCCUUUGCUUUUUUCUGAAAGGUAACAUUUUAUGUUCUCCAGUUUCCUUAAGAAAUUAAAGUAGCAUCAGAAAUGUGUUUAAAGACUGUUAGUUUAAUUUUUAAAAAAGAUAGAAACAAAAUGUUCUGGUGAGAAACAUGAAAGAGAACCAUACCUUAAUGUUUUUCUUAGCAUCAGUUUUCACAAAUGGAAAAACCUUUUCUUCACUGGUUCUUCAUUUGGAUCGUAGGAGUGGUCAAUGAAAUUGAAAAAUGAGGCUUCCCCCCUCUCCCAGAGUUUUCAGAUUACAGUGAGUUUAUGGACUUGGCUAAAGUAUAACAGUGAGUCCUUUAGAGAUCUUUAUAUUCCAUGUUAAAACCUCCCCAUAAUUUAUCUAUAUUUUCCCAAGAUUGUACUGCUGUAAUAUUUAAAAUAAAGUUAUUUCUUAACCAGA